AUGAAGACAUCAGCCCUUGUUUUUCUCUGUGCAUUUUCUCUGUCUCUGGCUUAUUUCGACGACUACAUCGAAGGUACUGAUUUUUCAGUGUCGUUUUCUGAAGCUUUCUCAGUUAUCGGCGGGUUCAUUCGUUCAUAAAUUAGAUACGCACAGACUAGUUUUCUACGUUUCUUUCAAUUUUUCCGUCUUUUAACGUACAUCAGAUAUAUCUUUUGUACAAAAUACAUUUUCUAGCAGAAAAAGUUAUUUUAGAGCCGUAACUAUAUAUUACAAAGGUAUACUCGUCAUGGACACUUCAGUAUUGCAAGUCAGGAAUAUAUCAUUUCACUUGUUGUUUAGGACCUAAAGAAACUCAGUUCACUUCAGUUCUACAAGCGUGUAUGAACUUUGUCACUGAUAUUGAAGCUGAAAGGAGAUUAUAUGUGAUGCGUUCAGAAAACUGACUUUUUUUGCGUUAUGGAGGGCAGUAAAGUUCGAGCGUCAAAUUAACCGGGCAGCGCGAGGCAGGGCCAGUCGCCUAAAAAAGCCACAGGUCAAAACUCUCAAAAAAUUAUUAGAAAAGAAGGCGAAAGGUCACUUAUUACGCCCAAUUUGAUAAAGACUUUUUUUGCAAAAUUCGCCAUUAGCGGUGUGAUUAUAUGGACGAUUCCGGCCGGUAAAUGUGUUAGAACCAAAGAGUAUAUUAACGCCGCGCUUCGACAUUGGCAUUGAGAAUAAUUUGCAUACAUUUCCAUAUCUUAUGGUAGUUUCUAGAUCAGCUUUACAUCGCUACAAAAACUUCUUCGUCUCAAUAAUAAGUCGUGAUGUUUUGCGGGGCAAUGAAUAAGCCUUGUUGUGGGAAAAGCUGGAAGACAUUCGCUGAACGAAGUUGCAGCGAAAAUCGGCAUGCUAUCAUGUCGAGCUACAGUGCGAAUUCAAACAUGCUUUUGCUCCGAAUUUGUGGGCGUUUCGGUUAAUGCACUGAGUAUCUCACUCAAGGUCUCACUUAGUUAUCUUAAUUAGGGCCAAACUAGUCAAUACCUCAGAGUGAGCUGCCGAAUAGUUCUUUGGUAACUCGUGGGGGUGUACGUCUGGAGUUAGGUCGACCUCGCCGACGUUCUCCUCACCUCGUCCUCGCUUGUAGAGUUUAGUCGAGGCCAAGUUGGCCACAGAUUUGUAUACGUAAUAGCACGAUUUGUAGUGAUAUUAGGCAUAAAUACCCCGAGUCUGCCGAGUGAUAUUUCGAAAUUGUUAUACGUAAAAUUUGAGACAAUUUUGAAAUAUCACGAGUACUAGUGGUAUUUAUGCCAACUAUGAUGUACGAAUUAUGCUAUUAUUUGUUUGUACUACUACCCGCAAAAGGUUUGUAAUUUCAACAUGUAGGUAUUUCAAAUUAAGCUGAAAUACCACUGCUCUAAGCCAAUCCAAUUGCAGAAAUUUCUUAUGUAGUAGUAUAAAGUGAUCAAAUUAUAUUGUAGUCACAAAAAUUUUUUGAGACAAUAACAAUACAGCAUUUUUCCGUUAAUUUCAGACCCUUGGGAGAAUGAGGACGAAGCGGUUAAUCCGGAGUCUAUAAAGCUACAGGGUAAAGUUUACCAGUGCACAGAGGAUAUGGAUUGUGACUGCCCCAAGCUCCUUUGUACUGGAGUAAAGAGCUGCACAAUAGGAGGCCCGAAGCCAGCGAAAUGCAAGCUCGCUAAAGAGUACAGUGAAAUAAACCUGCAAGACGCAAAAAGGAAGUUCUGGGGAAAAUACGGAGAUUGCUAUUGCCAAUAA